GUAGAUGUGCUGAGGCUGGAGUAGCCACCAUUUUGCAUGUCGAGUGUGUUCCUCCCUCCAUUGCUAAUAGAGACGAUUCCACUUACUUUCUGGCGUCACCACGGCUGAGAAUGCCAGCUCCGAUCAGAUUGCGGGAGCUGAUCCGGACUAUCCGGACAGCGCGGACCCAGGCAGAGGAGCGCGAAAUGAUCCAGAAAGAGUGUGCUGCUAUCCGCUCAUCUUUUCGAGAGGAGGACAAUACAUAUCGUUGUAGAAAUGUGGCAAAGCUUCUUUAUAUGCACAUGUUGGGCUACCCGGCCCACUUUGGGCAGCUUGAGUGCCUAAAGCUGAUUGCAUCCCAGAAGUUUACCGACAAGCGAAUAGGUUAUUUGGGAGCUAUGCUGUUGUUGGACGAGAGACAGGAUGUGCAUCUAUUAAUGACGAAUUGCAUUAAGAAUGACUUGAAUCACAGCACACAGUACGUCCAGGGACUGGCGCUCUGCACUUUGGGCUGCAUGGGCUCCUCAGAAAUGUGCCGUGACCUGGCGGGAGAGGUUGAGAAGCUGCUCAAAACAUCCAACUCUUACUUGAGGAAAAAGGCGGCGCUGUGUGCAGUUCACGUCAUCAGAAAGGUUCCAGAACUCAUGGAAAUGUUCCUUCCAGCCACAAAAAACCUGCUGAGCGAGAAGAACCAUGGUGUUCUCCAUACAUCUGUUGUCCUCCUUACCGAGAUGUGUGAGAGAAGUCCUGACAUGCUGUCUCACUUCAGAAAGAAUGAGAAGCUGGUUCCACAAUUGGUGAGAAUCCUGAAGAACCUGAUCAUGUCUGGAUACUCACCUGAGCAUGAUGUGUCGGGCAUAAGCGAUCCUUUUCUGCAGGUGCGGAUAUUGAGACUACUGCGAAUUUUAGGCAGGAGUGACGACGACUCCAGUGAAGCAAUGAAUGACAUUCUUGCACAGGUUGCAACAAACACUGAGACAAGUAAAAAUGUAGGCAAUGCAAUCCUCUAUGAGACCGUGUUGACCAUCAUGGACAUCAAGUCUGAAAGUGGACUGAGGGUUUUGGCAAUUAAUAUAUUAGGGCGAUUCCUCCUUAACAAUGACAAAAAUAUAAGAUAUGUUGCAUUGACAUCCCUACUAAAGACGGUACAGACGGACCACAAUGCAGUACAAAGGCAUCGGAGCACCAUUGUGGAUUGUUUAAAAGACCUGGAUGUGUCCAUAAAGAGACGUGCAAUGGAGCUGAGCUUUGCCCUGGUGAACGGCAACAACAUAAGAGGCAUGAUGAAAGAGCUGCUCUACUUCCUGGACUCGUGCGAUCCCGAAUUUAAAGCCGACUGUGCAUCGGGAGUCUUUCUAGCAGCAGAAAAGUAUGCCCCUUCAAAAAGAUGGCACAUAGACACUAUAAUGAGAGUUCUGACUACAGCAGGCAGUUAUGUGCGCGACGACUCUGUGCCCAACCUUAUUCAGCUCAUCACAAACAGUGUUGAGAUGCACGCAUACACAGUGCAGAGACUCUACAAAGCUCUUCUCGAUGACAUUUCACAGCAACCGCUCGUCCAAGUCGCAUCCUGGUGCAUAGGAGAGUAUGGAGACCUACUGGUUUCUGGACAGUGUGAGGAAGAGGAGCCCAUUCAGGUGAGUGAAGAUGAAGUUCUGGAUGUGCUGGAAGGGCUUCUAGUAUCCAAUCUGUCCACGCCUGUGACUCGAGGCUAUUCUCUUACUGCCAUCAUGAAGCUGUCUACUCGUUUCAGUGGUGUCAACCGUAUCAAGAAGGUGGUUUCAAUAUAUGGCAGCAGCAUUGAUGUUGAGCUGCAACAGAGAGCAGUGGAGUACAACGCACUUUUCAAGAAAUACGACCACAUGAGGCCCGCUCUCCUCGAGCGAAUGCCCAUUAUGGAGAAAACAGCCACGAAUGGCCCCACAGAAAUCGUGCAGACCAAUGGAGAGACAGAACCCUCCGUUGGGGAACCGAAACAUCCACCCCCUGUUAGUCAGCCAGCCAACCAGGCAAAUGAUUUAUUAGACCUGCUGGGUGGCAAUGAUAUGGUGCCAGUAAUCCAUACGACAGUGCCCCCCAAGCCUACGUCGUCUGGAGGAGAGCUGCUGGACCUGCUGGGUGACAUCUCACUAAGUGGCGCUCCAGCCCCUGCUCCUGCUCCCUCUGUACCCACCUCCCAACCCCCUUUUCUCCUGGAUGGCCUCGCCUCACAGCCCCUCUUUAAUGACAUUGCAACUGCAGGUAUUCCUCCUAUGACGGCCUACAACAAGAACGGCCUGAAAAUAGACUUCACGUUUGAGAGGGCAAACCCUAACCCCAACGUCGCCGUCAUCACCAUCCACGCUUGCAACUCUACAGAGGCAGACAUGACAGACUUUGUUUUUCAGGCUGCAGUACCAAAGACAUUCCAGCUGCAGCUCCUGUCCCCCAGCAGUAAUGUCGUCCAAGCACUCAACCAGGGAACUGUCACACAAGUCAUCAGAGUCCUCAACCCACAGAAACAACAGCUACGAAUGAGGAUCAAGCUGACAUACAACCACAAAGGUUCGCCUGUGCAAGACCUGGCCGAAGUCAAUAACUUCCCCCCACAGUCGUGGCAGUGAUGAGUUGCUUCAUUUACUCCUAAAAGCCCCUCCGACGGGGACUAUGAUUUUUUUUUUUUUUUUGGCCUCGCACCUCUCCCUCCCACCUUCUCAUCUUCCUUUUUUCCAACGGACUCCCCCUCAGUGACAUCACAAAACGCGCAGCUGAGCGUCUUUAAAGAUGGAAAAACCAGUUCAGAUGAAGAGCCAUUCGAUAAGCGGGAUUACAUGUUGGUGAACUUUCUCGUUUCUUUCUUGACUGGUGUCAUCAUCUCUUUUGUUAGUCGUGCGACUUUUGUUUUUCCACUCUCACUUGAACACUGUACUAAAUGACAUGAACUCACUUUGAUAAAAGGAAUAUUUAUGAUUGCGCUGAGCCUUUUAAAGCCCUAAUAAUGCAAUCCUCAGAUAAUUCACUGAGUGACCUUCCUCAAUUCAUGCCUGAAAAGCCGUCUCAGAGAUGUUGUAUUUCAUCACUGUCGGGUGGAAUCCUCGUAUCUCCAAAAUGACUGCUUUUCAGGAAAUAAACCAACAAAAAGGCCAUUUUGCUUGCCUCACCAAACAAAGCGUCGUUCAACCUGGUAUUGUACCUUCUUUUAUGAUCAACACAACACCGUCCCAAAAGCAUGUUCAAUCUGUAAUUGCAUUUGCUAAACCGCUAAUUGAUGACUGUUACUGUUUAGAAUGGUCCAGACAUGUUGCUGCCAGCUAGCCGUGCACGUCAAAAGUCGAACCAACAACAAAGACUUUACAAAGUCACAACCACAAGAGGCCAUGAGUGAUGUCAUAAAUAAAAUGAGAACCUGACAAAGCAAAGUAAUCCGCGAAACUUUGUGACAGAGCAGUUCCUUCUGAAACAUGACAGCGAACCAUUUUCAACAAAACGUCUUAUGUGAAAUGUAGCCAUUUCACUCGUUAUUGUUCAUUCAAAACACAUCCAGACUUUGAAACUUGAGGCGACAUAAUACUGCGCAGCUCCCAUGGAGUUAGAAGGAAGCUCAGAAUGUUGAAGUGUACAAGAGAUUUAAUAGAUUUUUUUUCUCAAGCUAAUUCAAAAACUAAACUGAUUAACAAUACGUGAGUAAUAAGACGCUGUUGUGACAGACCAUUUUAUGAAGAAAAAAAAUUUUGAAAUUCACCAUAUUUGGACGUAAGAGUUUUCAGCCCGACAGCGACAAUGUACAACUUGUACCUGCAUCUUUCUUUAAGAGGUACACUAAUCGGACAAUGUGAAAAAUGUAUGACUUUUCCAGACAUUUUGAGAGAGUCAUAAUUAUGAUGUGUAAACCACAAUUCCUAAUUAUAUAUAUAUAUAUAUAUUUUUCCCCCUGUGUGGCCCGAAUGCAGUAAGCUGGUCAGUGAGACGCAUUUGUUUUACCCGGUUGCGCUUCUUACCUCGCACAAACUUAUGUAAAUGAAGCCUCUUAUGAAUGUAGUUAAAUGCACUGAAUGCUGUUCUCCCUCAUCUCCUUAUUUCUUCUCCAUCGAUGAGUCGGUCAUCACAUCGGCACUAUUUCUGUGAAAGUUUGUUUGAUUUCUGCAGUAAAUCGACUUGAUUAUUUAUGCCUGAUAUCAAAGUGACGUGCCUUUCUGACUUGACAUGAGAAAAGUUCAGUUAGCCUGCUUGAGUGCUUGAAAGUGAGGGACGUGAUCGCGCUGGAUUUGAAAUGCUGUCAUCUUUCACCUUAUUUCAAGCAUGUUUGUUUUUCACUCUGUGGUGGGCUUUGCCCGAUCUCCACAAUCUCCACAAAUUCUCAUCACAUGAUCCCGAUUGUCCCGCGAUCACGUUGCUGAGCUUCAUUUAUGGCCUGAAGGGCCCCAAACAAAGUAAAUUGGGGGGCGGGGGGGGGGCAGCUAAUAGGAUAUCACCUUUUUCAUAGGAUAGCAUCAAGUGUUGUCGCAAAAUCUCAUUAAGAUCCACUGUCCCGUCCGUCCCAGUCUUCAGAUUUACCGAUUCAUCGAGUGAGGACUGUUUAGCCGUACAAUUUCUCGGCUCUGGUCUUUUCUGUCAGGGGGAGGCUACCGUUGAUACCUCACAAUGUUUUCUCUUUCUACUAACUUGUCGGAGUGGCUGGCAAGCAAGGGACGCACAGCUGCAUGAACGAAUCUGACAGCCAUUUGUCCAUGUGCGGCAAUACAAGUUAGCGAUGAACGACCUUCGCGGCCCCACGACGCUUUGAUAGUCAAUCACUAUGCUUCAUUAUCUAACUCCUGUGACCAAAAUCAGAGAGACUAUUAGCUUUGGAAAUAUUUUUCAGCAACGAUAUGUGUAUAUGGAGGAAAAUAAUUUCACUUUUUUUCCGUUGUUGACAAAUGCUAUAUUAGCUUUUUUUCUGUACAUACUGAGGGCUUUUACGAUUUUUUUUUGUCUCUUGUACUAUCUUUCAUCCUUUUUUUAGAUACCAUUUUCUAAACCAAUUCUUCACUAUGUAUAUUGUCUAAAUAGUCAACCAUAGACGACAUCAGGCUUACUUACCUGUAUCACCACUCAUCCAUUGUAAAAGGUAUAUGAUCUGCUCCCUGUACAUUGUAUAUAAUUGUAAAACAAACAAAAAGGCUGAUCCACUUAAAUAAAAACCCACAUGAAGACUUCAAGGAUUAGCUGGAAGCAUCGAAUGGUAUGCAUAUAUGUACAAAAGAUUCUUAAACGGAUGCAUUUGAUGGACUCGGCUUCAUACUUAGCUCACGGGUGUCAUGUUUUUACGAAGAUGGCUGCCGAGGCUUGUCGUUGGGGUUUGCUUAUAGUGAGUGAAUGGGGGAACUGUACUACUGAGAAACGGCAACGCUGCACUAGUAAGCUUCCACAAUGCGUCCCCGUUUUCCUUCGUCUUCACCUUUGUUGUUGGCCCCGUGUGCGCAACUAUUUAAAUGUUGAUUUGCUAUUUGAGUGUGUUCUUUUUAAAACCUUACUUGACACCUGUACUAUAACGGUGGCCCCAAAAUCGAUGCCAAGUCAAUAAUUCCCAGCCCCCCCCCCCCAAAUUGUUGCAUGUAUCCUCUAUUUUAUUCCAUUUGAAAGGAAAGCCGUCUUGAGCAUUUCUUCGAUAUCAAGCUUCAAGCUGAAUGUACUAGUUCUCUCUUUGUCCUCACUAAGAUGACAAUCCAGCACACCGGCCGAACAAAUGUUUUGUGCUGCACUAGUAACAUUACUAGGCCAGUAGUAGUACUAUUAGCAACCAAUGUCAACUAGGGCACAGUUUUGCCUCACUAGUAACAUGCAGUUUUUGCUUGGAUCCAGAAAUUCCACACAUUUGGGUGCUGAAUUGUCUCACGCCAUCGUGAAUAAAUGUUCUAUACCCUUGAUGACCAUCUUAAGGUCCACGUACUAGUAUGCUCUUUGUCCACAUAAGUAGGACAACUGUAUGUUACUAAUGAGGCUAACCUAUUCACUAGACAACUGUGUGCUCCUUGUGACAUCAAAUUCUAUUUGUUCUGAGCAUCUGAAAAACACUAAUACCAGAUGCAUUUUUUUUGGGGGGGGGGUUGCGCAGGUGCUAAUUCCCAAUACUAGUCAACUGCACGCUAUGAGAUACAUAGACGACAAAAAGGUAGAUAGAAUGCAGACAAGAUAACUAGUCCAUGUUUAAAAUCAGUGUCAUAGCAAUUAACCCCCCCCCCCCCCCAAUUGUUUUAUUUGGAGGCCAAUUUUGUUAGGAUCAGUCUCCAGCCUCAACUCACUGGGAAGUGAAUCCCAAAUUCUGAUUAACAUCAAGUAGUGGUAGGACUACGCAGAUAUCGGCUAGUGCAAUUUUCCCUCAUCAGUAACACGAAGUCGUGCUAGUGAAGACAGAGCGUACCAGUACAUAAGACGCUUCAGUGUACGAGUAGAAUGACUGUCUUACGAGUAAUGGUUUUUUCCACUACUGUAUGAUGUUUCUGCACACUAAUAGCGCACCUUUGACAUACCAGUUGGGCAAAUACAUGUUACAAGUAAGGCAAAACACCACGAGUUGACAACUGUGUGCUACUAGUAGUAAUCGUGACAUUAUCAAAUUUUACUUAACUUCAAAUUGUACUUGAUAACAUCUAAUGCUUCACUAGUCAUACUAGUAGCAUGCAUAUGUCCCAGGAAUGGCACAGAUUCCCCUCACUAGUACUAAUCUCCCAAAGUUGCCCGGGUUAGUGUGUAGUGAUAUCAUUCAGGAGUGGAAAAAAAUACGAGUCAGACAGUUAUUCUGUUGGUGUGUCCUUGUUUAACUAAUGUGCUGAUUGGGUAACUAGUGAGCAGUAGUACACGGUCAAGCUGGAUAUCAAGGAUAUGGUAUAAACACUCGAACGGCUUCCAGUCAUCUCGACCGACAACACUGUUAGGCAUGUUUGAGUGUUUUACAUGCCAAUAGCCACAGGGGGCGCUGCACAAAACUAAAAUGAGGGCGGGGAAGGAAAAGCUCAGUCCAGCUUGUUCACGUUAGUUUUGUGUGUUGUCUUGUUUUCACCCCCCGGACCCCCAACUUGUGCGUCCACUUUUUUUUUUUUUUUUUUUUAAUUUAAUUUUAUUUUAUUUUAUUUUUUUUUGUGAUGCUCAUCCAUGCAAGGUCUCGUGUACAAAUGGUGAAAUGAUCCCAACUUAAGUGCAUUGGACAAACUUGAAGGAAGGAAGAAGUAUCGGCGUGUGAUUUGACUUUGAAGUGUGCGUGCGUGCGUGUGUGUGUGUGAGACUAUUUCCAGGAUUUUAUUUGUCUGCAAAUUUUCAGCUUGUGAGCUGCAUGUUAAAGCCGAUGUAAAUAAUGUUUCUACUCAACCCACUUGAGGGUUUUGUUGGGAGAUGCAAAGAACGUCGUUCAUGAGUCUGUCCUACUCUGUCACGGGCCACUUGUGUGUAUAAAAGGAUUUUGUUCAGGUGGUGGUCACAAUAAGGAUUAAAUAUGGCGCUGAAUGACGCGUUUCACCCACACCCAGGCUCGUCCUGUCCUAAUAACAAAAUUUGAUUUGUUGUAGCUGAAAGAACGUCUCUAUUUUGGUUUUGUUUUUUGUCCCCCCCAAUCAAGUUUGACACUUUGAACUGAACCAUGUAGUCUGCGGCUAGAAGGUGAGUGUGACUGUCAGACUGAAAGUAUGAGAUAUGAUUAAAGACAAGUUGUAAACUAUUAAAUGGGAUAUUUUCAAUUGAUGCUGUGUAUUCUUGUCAUUUGGGUUGCAGAAAACAGGAAUGCAAAUAAAAAGUGCAAAUACUGU